AUGAUGCUAUCGCAGAGGCUCUAGGCAUGAUUGCUGGUGUAUUGGGAGGGAAUGCUAAUGGAGCUGCGAUUGGUGCUGACAGGCAGUUGAACAGCUUUCAGAGGAACAAUCCUCCACUGUUCAAAGGCACUCAUGACCCUGAUGGUGCUCAGAAAUGGUUGAAAGAGAUCGAGAGGAUCUUCCGAGUGAUCGAUUGUGCAGAAAAUCUGAAGGUGAGGUACGGUACUCACAUGCUAUCAGAAGAAGCUGAUGACUGGUGGGUUACUACUAAGACUGAAUUGGAUUCAGAUGGGAUUGCGAUUACUUGGGCCAUAUUCAAGAGAGAAUUUCUGAGGAAGUACUAUCCUGAAGAUGUUCGGGGAAAGAAGGAGAUUGAGUUCUUGGAACUGAAACAGGGUAGUAUGACAGUGCCUGAAUAUGCUUCCAAAUUUGUGGAAUUGGCUAAGCACUACACACCCUACACCAACGAUGCAGCUGGAGAAUUCUCUAAGUGUAUCAAGUUUGAGAAUGGUCUUCGUGAUGAGAUCAAACAGGGCAUCAGGUAUCAAAGGAUUCGCCGAUUUUCUGAUUUGGUGGACUGUAGCAGAAUAUUUGAAGAAGACAGUCUUAAGCUGAGAUCAUCUCACUCUCGAGAGUUAGUUGAUAAAAAGGGUAAGAAGCCUAUGGACAGAGGUACACCAUAUGGUAGGGGAAACCCAAGAGCUGGUAAUUGGAAAAGGCCUAGUGGGGGAGAUUCUGGUGCUCCCUUUAGGUGCUUCAACUGUGGUGAACCAGGACAUAAGAGGAAUGAGUGCAAGAAAGAAGAGAAGAAGUGCUUUAAGUGUGGCAGAGUAGGCCAUGUUGCUCCUGACUGUAAGAUGAGAACUGUGACUUGUUAUAACUGUGGAGAAGAAGGCCAUAUCAGUACACAGUGCACCAAGCCGAAGAAGAACCAGUCUGGGGGAAAAGUCUUUGCUUUGUCUGGAUCAGAAACUACUCCGGAGGAUAGACUGAUUAAAGAUUAAGGAUGUAGCGGCGUGUGAUUGGGUGAAGAUAGCUUAUAAGCUAGCCCGUAGUUCGUGUCGAGUCAUGCUCUGAUUGUAACACUGGGAUCGAUUAGUCUUAGCGUUACUUGAGAUACUAUGUUGUUAUUUUGUUUAUGGAUUAUGUAUUGAUGAGCUGUUUGGAUAUGCUCCUAACAUUGUUUGAAAUAAGUUUCCGCUGUGAUGAACACAUGUUGAAGUUUGGUUAAUUUUAAUAAAAGCAUGACAAUCGACUUUGAUGUUUUAUUUA